AUCCUGCUACACUGAAUAUAUUUUCGACGCGCCCCAAUCCAAAGAAAAAACGUAAAUCGCGCACAGCCUUCACAAAUCACCAAAUAUUCGAGCUCGAGAAACGCUUCCUUUACCAAAAGUAUUUAUCACCAGCAGAUCGUGACGAGAUCGCUGCGGCCUUAGGUCUCUCCAAUGCACAGGUGAUCACUUGGUUCCAAAAUAGACGUGCCAAAUUGAAGCGUGACAUGGAGGAGCUGAAAAAGGACGUCGAGAGCGUGAAACAAUUACCCGACCAGUCAGCAGACAUCAGCAGCCACCAAUAUCAAUCGGCUUGCCGACAGCGCCUACAACAGCAUCAGCAGCAUUUAAUGGCCACUCUGAACAGCAACCAUCGCAAUUUGGUGCAACAUAUGCACCGACUAUCGCCCUUAUCCUGCCUGCUGGCACAGUCACCCAGCCAGCAACAGCAUCCAUUCCCAUACAACAAACACAGCGACAUGAAUCAGAAGCACUCAGUGUAUCCAUUGAAAUUGCAACCAACCUCCGAAACGUCAGCGGCGGUGGGGGGGAUGAAGGCAACAACAGCGUGGCAGCAAGAGCGAACGGCCGCCGCACAGCCACCGACGCAAGCAUCGACACAUCUCAAUCAAGGUUGCACCAACUCAACAACAGCAGAGGAUAAGAAAGAGCUGAAAAUGCUGAAAAUGAUGACUUUGAUGUACUACACAAGCCGUGCACAGGCCGAUGCUGCGGCUGGUGAUGCCGUCACAGUGUGUGGCAAAGGUGUGGGUAGUAGCAACGGUGGCAUACAUGCCGACCGCACGUCGUGCAAGUUCAAUGGCAAUUAGUAAGAGACUCUUUCUGCCAGAUCGUUUGGAAAAAUAUCUGUAUUAGCCCAAUUUGUAAAUUAUACUGAAAAAUAAUGACUAAGUAUAGGAUGCAUUAAAAAGAAUCUUGUAUUGUAUAUAUGUAUGUAUGUAUGUAGAAAUAAAUAUGAUUUAAUUAUAAGCAUGUUUCCAUAUCCAUAAGUAUAUAUGUAUGUAUGUUUGCACAGUUAGCAACAGAUACAUGUGAAGAAACAGUUACUAUGCCAAUUGCCAAAAUUUAAAUUAUGUAAAUCGAAAAGUAGGUCAUUAAGCUCUGCACUUGCUUCACCGUUCAUGUGCGUUAGUCGAUGUACACUAGACUGGGUCACGAAAAAAGUUUCUUAUAACGACCGCCACUAAAUUGAAAACUUACUUGGAGGGGAUUUUGGCAUCAUAAAAAUGCUAGUCAAUGACACGUCCUAA